CGCCCUCUUUCUCACCUCGCGCACACGCACCAUGGCCGCACGCGCGCCCAUCUGGUCCAUCGCCCACGGCGGCCCGCCGACGCUCUUCGACACGGAGCACAAGGCACACAAGGCCUGGGUCGACGUCGGCCGCGCCAUCGUCGCUAGCCAGGCACGCGCCCUCGUCGUCGUCUCGGCGCACUGGGAGGCCGAGCAGCCCGGCACGGUGCUCGUCAACGAGCAGCAGGCGCCCAAGCAGAUCUACGACUUCUACAACUUCCCGAAGCACUACUACGACCAGCGCUUCGACACGCACACGCCGCAGUGGCUCAGCGACGUCGUCGUGCAGCACCUGUCCGGCUCCAGCUUUGCGCCGCAGCGCGUGCCGCGCGGGCCCGACCACGGCGUCUGGGUGCCGCUCAAGGCGGCGUUUGGCGCCGCAGCGCCUCUGCCGCUCGUGCAGGUCUCGCUGCCGGCGCCGUCGGGCGACGCACUCACCGACGCCCGCGCCGCACUGGCGCUCGGCGAGGCGCUGCGCGGCCUCAGAGAGCAGGGCAUCGCCGUGCUCGGCAGCGGCCAGCCUGUGCACAACCUGCGCGAUGCCUUCGGCGGCGGCGGCGACGGCUCGUACGGCGGGCCGUUCCUGCGCGCCCACUCUGAUGCGCUCCUCGCCUCGGGCCACGCCCGCUGGGACGCCGCAGAGGCACUGACGAAGCGGCCCGAAUUCAAGCGGGCGCACCCGACGACGGAGCACUUUCUGCCUGCGCUCGUUGCGCUCGGCGCGGCGGACGACGCCGAGCCGACAAAGGAGCUGCUGUUCAUCGACGAGGGCGCGCUUGGCUGGGCCAUGUACCAGUGGUGAUACCCUUCUGAUGAGAAAUUGAAUCGUGCAUUGUGAUUGAAUGUGUGAAGAGCAGCCGGUCGCAGAGACAGGAAGGCGAGCAACAUGAGGGCGUGUUGGGAAUGAAGCGAAGGGGUAGGCAGCGUGAGGUCGUGGAAGGUGAAAGGGGAUAGUCUCGCGCAAGGGGCACAGGUAGAAGGAGCGCGCG